CCGGCCAAGUCAGUCAACUUUCAACUUCCGGGUGUUAAAUCGUUGAAAAACAGACCGGUCGUGGAAGAGGAAAGUCACCGAGGAAAACCAGGAUAAAGUAGCUUCAGGAAAAUGAUGCUAUCAGAAGUCCUGCAGGUGCUGCGGGGGGCAGGUAAAGUGGGCUCUGCCCUGGUCACCACCCAGGGAGAACAGCUUCGAUUAAUGGCCUGCAGCUCCUCCAUGGGAGCAGGGGUCAAAGCUGCUCAGGAUGCGGUGGAAGGACUCAUGGGCACCUUUAUGGGCGGCAGCAAUGCGCAACAGCCAAUAAACGAGGAUGUGUUUCCGGACGCGGAGGGUUGGGAGAUUGUGGACCCUGAUGAAGGAGCCAAAUGGUCCGUGGGGUCCGAGUUCCCCUCUGAAGGUCUGGAGAAAAGCCAGACAGAAGCUGGAGCUGCAGCAGAGACGCCAACAGGAGUUCCUCCUUCUCCAGGUGCAGCUCCUGCAGGGGCGGGCUGGCCGGGACAGAGCGCUCGCUUCCUCCACACGACCCCCAACAUCCACCGGUACUACUACCAGACCAGGUCUAUCCACGACACGGUGCUGGCAAGACUCAGCCCAGAGGACAUUAAGAAAGCCAGGGAGGCCAAGCAGGCCCUCGUCAAACCCGUCAGACAGAAGCUGAGUGACCGUGCCAGAGAGAGGCAGGUUCCCGCCACAAGAAUCAGCAGGCUGGUUAAUUUUGGGGGACUCGCGGUAGGACUCGGGUUUGGUGCCAUUGCAGAAGUGGCGAAACAGUCUUUUGGAGGCAAACAAAAAGGAGACAUGAAUGCUCUGUUAGACUCUCCCUUCCUGUCGGAGGCCAAUGCUGAGCGAAUAGUCAACACACUGUGCAAAGUCCGAGGGGCUGCACUGAAGAUCGGACAGAUGCUCAGCAUUCAAGACAACUCCUUCAUCAACCCCCAGCUGCAGAAGAUCUUUGAGAGGGUCCGGCAGAGCGCAGACUUCAUGCCGGCCUGGCAGAUGAACAAAGUUCUUGAGGAGGAACUGGGAGCAGGCUGGCGAGAGAAGCUGACGUCCUUCGAAGACAAACCGUUUGCUGCAGCCUCCAUCGGCCAGGUGCAUCACGGGGUGUUAAAAGACGGACGAGAGAUCGCCAUGAAGAUCCAGUACCCCGGAGUGGCAGAGAGCAUCCACAGCGACAUCAACAACCUGAUGUCAGUGCUGAAGAUGAGCGUGUUGCUGCCAGGAGGUCUGUUUGCAGACAACAGCUUAGAGGUUCUUCAGAGGGAGCUGGCGUGGGAGUGUGACUACAAGAGGGAAGCAGAGUGUGCCAAGAAGUUCAGGUCUAUGCUGGAGGGAAACGAGUAUUUCCAAAUCCCUAAAGUGAUCGAUGAGCUGUCAGGCCGCAGGGUGCUGGCCAUGGAGCUGGUACAGGGAGUCCCACUGGACCGCUGUGUAGACCUGGACCAGGAGACCAGGAACCAGAUCUGUUACGAAAUCCUCCAGUUGUGUCUCAGGGAAGUGUUUGAGUUCAGGUUCAUGCAGACGGAUCCAAACUGGGCCAACUUCUUCUACAACUCAGAAACCAGCAAGGUUGUUCUGCUCGACUUCGGUGCGUGCAGAGGCUACGAAGAGUCCUUCACUGAUGACUACAUACAGGUGGUGCACGCAGCCUCCAUCGGUGAUCGAGCUAUAGUUCUGUCCAAAUCAAAGGAACUGAAAUUCCUGACGGGCUUCGAGGCCAAGGCCUUCGAGGAUGCUCACGUGGAGGCGGUGAUGAUCCUCGGCGAAGCUUUUGCCUCCGUGGAGCCCUUCGACUUCGGCAACCAGAGCACCACCCAGCGCAUCCAGAGCCUCGUCCCUGUCAUGCUCCGCCACCGCCUCACCCCUCCACCCGAGGAGUCGUACUCCCUCCACCGCAAGAUGGCCGGCUCCUUCCUCAUCUGCUCCAAACUGAAGGCACGCAUAUCGUGCAAGGACAUGUUCAUGGAGGUGUACGACGCCUACAACCAGAGGAAGCAGGCGCAGCAGGCAGCGCAGGCCAGCGCUUAGACGCUCCGGGACAAGGUCGCUGCAAUACGCCCAGGACUUUUUCAGAGUGGGCUGUUAAGGGACGUAACAAGAUGGCGUGGAGACGCUGCAUCACACUCACAGACUUUACAGCAUGUCUAUGUAACUGUAUGCGCUAAUGAGUGGGCUGGAUCGGAGCGGACUUUCUAUUCUUGUCUCCUUUAAGUGCUACAGUUCACCGACAUCAGUGUGAAGCGUCAACAUGUCACUGACUAACCUCUCGCUAAAUAUGUCACAACUGUGACAUAGAAAGUGACAAGUGGUGCCAUAACAAAUGCACGCCGCAGCCCAAACGGUUAUAUGACUGAUUAAGUCUGUAUAUUAUGGAAGAGAGAGUUAUUUCAUUCAUUGUGAGUGUUGGUGGUUUGAUCGUAUUGCCUGAAGGUUAAAGCUCUCUUGUCACAGCAAACACACUAAAUAAUGUGGCUGUAAAUAUAACCCAGGUGUGUGUGUGUGUGUGUGUGUGUGUGUGUGUGUGUGUGUGUGUGUGUGUGUGUGUGUGUGUGUGUGUGUGUGUGUGUGUGUGUGUGUGUGUGUGUGUGUGUGUGUGUGUGUGUGUGUGUGUGCGCUCCCCCGGGUUACGAUGUAUAAUUCUGACUCCUACUUACUUUGACUUGACGCUCCAUGAGAAUCUUCUGUAUAAACCCUGCGUUGCCUUGCUGAGGCUGACGACUGCUUUCUUUUGUUACACCUUUGUGCGCUGCCUGAUGAGUUGCAAAUGAGGUUUUCUCCUGAAGUAAUGACCUGCGGACCAGAUGUAAUAGAAUCAUGAAGAACAAUGGGCUUGCAUUAUAAACUUUAUUUGACAUAAAACUCCAUAAUGUGAAACGCUGACUGCUCUUUUUUUUUUUUUAAAUGUCUUAACAGAAAUGUGUCUUGUAACCUUCAUCGCAGUGCAUUGUUUUUUUUAAUGAAAUAAAAGAUUUCUAUGCAUCACAA